AUGCGCGGCUGGAUAUUUACGUCUCGUGGACGGCCUUCACAAGUACUAAAACUUCGCGAUGACCUCCGGAAGCCGACAACGGAAAUGCUCGGACCAAACGACGCUCUGGUCAAGAUCUCCUGUGUAUCUGCAUUCCAGGGCUUCGCGGCCCUCAUGGGCAUAAUCCCUCACUUUAACGACAAUCCAUGGAUUCCGGGCUCUGAUUUCUCAGGAGUGAUCGAAGCUGUGGGCUCGGACGUACGCCAUCUGAAAGCUGGUGAUGCUGUCUUUGGCAGUCCCAACCCCCGGGACUACCUCAAAGGUGGAGAAAAAUACAAUGGUGUGCUUGUCGAGUACGCUGUCAUUCCAGCCGACCAGGUAGUUAGGAAGCCUGCAAACAUCUCCUUCGAGGAGGCGUCUGGUGUGGCGGGAAAUGGAUGUACUGCACUACAGUUCUGCGAGCUGGCAGGCUUGAAACAAGGUGAUAGGGUCCUCAUCACUGCUGGCUCAUCUGGCCUCGGGUCAACUACUAUACAGAUCGUAAGGUCGUUCGUGGGCAAGGAGGGGACGAUCGUGUCGACCUGUUCGGCAGCAAAUAUAGAACUGGUCAAAGGACUGGGCGCGGAUGAGGUCAUCGACUACACUGCCCACCCUCGCCUGGGCGACUGUUGUGCCGAGAGAUUUGCAACACUUCCUUUCGAUGCUAUCAUCGACAAUGCCGGGACCGACGACAGCCUGUGGUUUAAAUGUGCUCGCUACCUUAAACCUGACGGAAUCUUCAUCCCAGGUGGGAAAAUGGACGUGAUCCACAAAAGUGGUGGCGUACUCAAUUCGGUUUCUGGUAUCCUUUCCUUUGUCCUCAUGUCACAGUUGAGGAAACGAUGGCCGGUAGUUCUUGGUGGCAUACCUCGCAGAUACGUGUUCCACUCUGGAAACAUUGAUCCAGAAUCUUUGCGGAAGGUUCCAGACUUGAUGGAGACAGGAAUGCUUCGUGGGUUAGUUGACAGUGAGUGGGCAAUGGGGGACGCCAUCAAGGCGUAUGAGCGUGUUGCAACCGGCAGAGCAAGAGGAAAAGUCGUCAUACAUGUCCAGGACGUGUAA